CCCGCCCGCUCCGCUUUGUGCGGCAGCCCCGUUCCGCGCCCCGCUCCGCGCCCCGCUCCGCUCCCCCGGCACCGCCCGGAGCCGCGGGGCCAGCCCGGCUCUGCCCGGCUCCGCCCGGCCAGCUCAGCAGCCAUGGAGGCAGCGCUCAUCUUCCUGUGCUCCCUGCUGGUACCAGCGGCCGUGGCAGACGUGGCCACCCCGGAGAAGGAGGAGGAGGAUCCCUUUAACUAUGAUUACCAGAGCCUGAGGAUCGGGGGGCUGGUGUUCGCCGUGGUCCUGUUCACCGUGGGCAUUCUCCUCAUCAUCAGCAGGAGGUGCAGGUGCAGUUUCAAGCAGAAGCCCAGGGCUCCAGGGGACGAGGAGGCUCAGGCAGAGAACCUGAUCACCUCGAACGCAAAAGGCAGUCGCAGCCUGUAUUUGAGCCCAUCCCUCGGCUCGUCACCGCCGCGGGAGGUGAAGCCCAGCGGGGCUGACAAUGGGAAGGGCAGGGAGGGCUGGGACAAGGACGCGCAGCUCGGGGUGCCCAGCCCUCCCCACCGGCUGGCACGGUUUGUCUCCCAAUUAAUGCGCGUUCCCGUGGGUGCCCACUCGCAGAGCGAGGCGCCCGCCGGACGACACGCCGAGGCCAUGGGUGACGAGCAAGUGCCCGAGCAGGGCCAGGACAGGUUCAGCUACGACUAUGACACCAUCCGCAACGGGGGGCUGAUCUUCGCCGUCGUGGCUUUUGUGAUCGGGCUCCUCAUCAUCCUCAGCCAGCGGUUCCACUGCGGAGGGAGGAAGAAGAGGAGGCAAGGGAACGAGGAAGAGCUGUAGGUGCAGAGCUGCAGUGCCACCACGGAGGCAGAGCUCCAGCCGAAGCCCAGGAGUCCUGGCCAGUGGCCACCCCUCACCCCGCUCCAGUGGAUCCAUUACCCCGCAAGGCCAGAACGCAAAUUACCCUCGUGCUUCCCCCUCUCUUAGACCCAGCAAGAGUUUCUUGGCUAAUAAAGUUCAAGCUCCGAGAGGUUAAACUGUGUGCCCGAGGCGUUUGAAUCGCCCACUCUCCUGGCCCGGCGCCAAUCACUUUUCUGCCCUGCAGGCGUCUUCCACCGCAGACCCAGGAAAGGUUCCCGCAGCCCGAGGCACGGAGCAGGCAGCCGCCUCCGCCCUGGGUUUGCUCCGGAUGUUUCUUCUCCCAGCUGCGGGUCCUGGAUCCUGCGGCACUUGCCUUUCCCUUGGGAUGCCCAGGCAGCGGCCGGCAGCACUGCGGGGCUCUUUGUGUGCUCGUGGUCUGGCUGGGAUGGGGUUAAUUCUCUCCCUCGCGGUGCUGGGCUGUGUGUCGGGAGAUGGGAAGGUGUCGGGAACGCUCCGGCUCCGGCUCCUGCUGCUCCCACAGCAGCAGCGCUGUCCCUGGGGUGGGCAGGAUCCUGGCAGGGGACACGGCCAGGACAGUCCCAAAGUGACCAAAGGGAUGUUCCAGACCAGGCGACACCUGCCAAGGUACAGAAGAAAAGGGAAAGGAGGGGAAAGGGGGGUGUUCGUGAGUUACAACAUUUGCCUUACAGAACAAUCCUGACUUCCCGGGAAGGGGCUGGGCACCACCUGCGGACGGCAAGUGGAGAAUUUCAGACUUCUGGGUUUCUUCUUUCCCCCUUUUCUUGCGCUCACGCUCCCUCUGCUUUCACUUUA